AUGGACGUUCAUGCAGCCUCCCUGCCUCUUGUCCAGCCGCAGGACUGGGGUCAAAUAAAUGUGGAGGGCAAUCUUGAAGGAGAAGUUGCAUUCAAGCAACCUGACAGGGGAGAAAUAAUCACAGUGGUCUCAGGAAGAGCAGGUAUCAUGCUGCUCCCAGCCCUGCUUUGCUUCUGGGCAAUUUGGGCCUGGGCUGAUGGGCGGUGGUGCCAGCAGACAGAGACUAUCCAGGUAGAGGAGGUGGUGAGCCCUCGGCAGGAAGAGCUGGUGCCCUGCAGCAGCCUCUACUAUUAUAUUCACCGGGGCUGGCAGCUGAACCUGGCCAGGAGCAGGCCCACAAGCUCCCCAACCCCUGCUCUCUGCCCGAUAUACAAGCCACCUGAUAUUCGACCAGUGAGCUGGAACCGGACUGUGAGGGCCUGUUGCCCAGGCUGGAGAGGGCCUCAUUGCACUCUAGGUACUGGCACCAAGGAUCACUGUUUUGCCACAUGGCAGUGCCAAGUAGGGCCAGAUUUAUUGAAUGCCUCAGCAGGCAGCUUGGAGGAAUGUUGUGCCCAGCCCUGGGGGCGCAGCUGGUGGAAUGACAGUUCGGAACUUUGCUUUAGUUGUUCUUCCUGGCCUCUGACAGGCAAUCGUCUGUCCCCAGCCCUCUUACAGCCCUUGCCUGGGGCAGUGGGCCAUCUGCGGAGCCAGCGUCAGGGCCUCUCAGCUACCUGUAUGACUUGGUCAGGCUUCCACUACCGGACCUUUGACGGGCGUCACUACCAUUUCCUGGGCCAAUGCACCUACCUACUUGCGGGUGAUGCUGAUGCCACUUGGGCUGUUUACCUCGUCCCUGGCAGGCACUGCCCUCGGCCUGAUAACUGCCAACCGACGGUUCAGGUUCUGAUGGGACAGGAUGAGGCGCUGAUCAGGGGCUCUGAUGUUUCAGUGAAUGGAGCACCGGUGCUGGAGGGGCGGCCCCUACUGCAGCGUGGGCUGAGCCUGCAGUGGCCAGGGGACUGGCUGGUGCUGUCUGGUGGUUUGGGUGUGGUGGUCAGGAUGGACAGGGUUGGUUCUGUCUCACUCACUGUUGAUCAAGAACUCCAGGGGCAGACUAGGGGCCUCUGUGGGCUCUAUAAUGGCCGACCUGAGGAUGAUUUUCUGGAGCCUGAUGAGGGGCAGCCUGUAUUAGCUGCCACUUUUGGCAAUUCCUGGAAGUCCCCUGACUCAGAGCCUGGGUGCCUGGAUGCAACGGAAGCAGCUCAAGGCUGCAUGGGCUCCACAGAAAACACGGAGGCACGUGUGGGUGCAGGGGAGCUGCAGGGUGAAGCUCAAGACAUCUGUCACCAGCUGCUGGACAGUGUCUUCAGAGAGUGUCACGUCCAGGUUCCCCCCAGCGGGUUCCAUGAAGCUUGCCUCUUUGCCUACUGCACGGCAGGCGGUGGGCAGGCAGGGAGGCAGGAGGCAGUGUGUGCUACAUUUGCCAGCUAUGCCCGUGACUGUGCCCAGCAUGAUGUCUUCAUCCCCUGGCGGAAGCCUGGCUUCUGUGAGCGCCUUUGCCCAGGAGGACAGCUAUACUCAGAUUGCCUGUCAUCCUGCCCACCCAGCUGUGGGGCAGUGGGAGAGCUUGAGGAGGGGCAGUGUCGAGAGGGCUGCGUGAGUGGCUGUGAAUGCCCACCAGGACUUUACAGGGACAACGACCUCUGUGUUCCUGCCACUCACUGCCCCUGCUACUACCACCGUCAGCGCUAUUCCCCGGGCAGCACAGUGUACCAGCUAUGUAAUCCAUGCGUGUGCCUGGAAGGCCGCUGGCAUUGUUCCCAGAAACCAUGCCCAGCUGAAUGUGCAGUGGGUGGGGAUGGGCACUACGUCACCUUCGAUGGGCGAAGUUUCUUCUUCCAGGGCAUUGGGGGCUGCCAGUACAGUCUGGUACAGGAUUAUUUGAAGGGGCAGCUGCUGAUGGUAUUGGAGCACGGGAUCUGUGAGACUGGGAGCUGUCUCCGUGCCAUCUCUGUCACCCUGGGUGAAGUCUAUGUCCAGCUCCGAGACUCAGGGGCAGUGCUGGUAGGCAGGCAAGAGGUGGCAUUGCCUUGGGCUGGGCCAGGGGGUCUCAGCGUCCAUCAUGCCUCCUCUACCUUCCUACUGCUUCAUGGGCCUGGUGUCUGGCUCCUCUGGGGUGUGCAUGAACCUGCUGCAUAUAUUACCUUGGAACCCUUCUAUGCCCAUCGGGUGAGGGGUAUGUGUGGAACCUUCACUUGGAACCAGCAGGAUGACUUCCUGACUCCCGCUGGAGACGUGGAGUCCAGCGUAGCUGCCUUUGCCAGCAAGUUCCAGCUGAGUGGGGAGGGUGCCUGCCGUUUGGGGGACACCGUUAUCCCACUUAACCCCUGCAGCACCCAUGCUCAGCGCCGGCCCUAUGCAGAAGCCACCUGUGCCAUUCUCCAAGGCCCAGCUUUCCAGCAAUGCCAUAGGCUAGUGGAACAAGAGCUUUACCAGUUACGGUGCCUGUCAGCAGUGUGUGGCUGUGCUCUGGGUCACGAUUGUCUGUGUCCUGUGCUAUCUGCCUAUGCCCGCCGCUGUGCCCGGGAGGGUGUGCUCAGCCCCUGGAGGAACCAGACUCUGUGUCCUGUCAUGUGUCCAGCUGGCCAAGAGUACCAGGAAUGUGCCCCAGUGUGUGGCCAGAGAUGUGGAGAACCGGAGACCUGUGGGGAAUUGGUGGGCUGUGUGGCUGGUUGCAACUGUCCCUCUGGCCUGCUGUGGGAUCAUGAGAGCCAGUGUGUGCCCCCCAGCCUGUGUCCCUGCCAGCUGGGAGGCCACCCUCACCCUCCAGGCAGCAUUACUUUGCAGGGAUGCAAUCGAUGUGUGUGCCAGGACAGAGGCAUCUGGAACUGCACAGCUCACCAUUGUGCCCCAGGAGUGGCAUUCUGCCCUGGAGGGCGUAUAUAUUCCCCAGGCUCUUGCCUCCUCACCUGUGACAAUCUCGGUGCCAAUGUCUCCUGUCCCACAGACACUUCUGAUGGCUGUAUUUGCCCUCUGGGCACUGUGCUGCUGGAUGAACAUUGUGUGCCCCCUGAACUGUGCCCCUGCAGACACAGUGGGCAGCUGUACCCACCCAACUCUACUAUCCAGGAGGACUGCAACACUUGUGUGUGCCAGGGCCAACAGUGGCAGUGCACAGGUUACCAAUGCAGUGGACGGUGCCAGGCUUCUGGUGCCCCUCACUAUGUGACAUUCGAUGGCCUGGUAUUCACCUUCCCUGGGACGUGCGAGUAUCUGUUGGUACGAGAGGUGGAUGGGAGCUUUGCCAUCUCUGCCCAGAACCUGCCCUGUGGGACCAGUGGCCUUACCUGCACCAAGGCCCUGACCAUUCGUCUGGGGAACACCAUUGUGCAUAUGCUCAGAGGUCGAGCAGUGACAGUCAACGGAGUGAGUGUGCGCCCUCCCAAGAUCUACACGGGGCUUGGGCUGAGCCUGAGACAAGCUGGUCUCUCCUUGCUGCUCACGGCUCGCCUUGGCCUUUCCUUGCUCUGGGAUGGAGGCACACGGGUUAUGGUACAGUUGGUGCCCCAGUUCCGGGGCCGUGUGGCAGGGCUCUGUGGGGACUUUGAUGGUGAUGCUGCCAAUGAUCUUCGGAGUCGUCAAGGUGUCCUGGAACCUACAGCUGAACUGGCUGCCCACUCCUGGCGUCUCAGCCCCCUCUGUCCUGAGCCAAGUCUUGGAGACAUGCCCCAUCCUUGCACUGUGAAUGCCCAUAGGGUGGGCUGGGCCCGGGCCCAGUGUGGGGUGCUGCUUCAGCCACUAUUUGCCCCCUGCCAUAUGGAGGUUCCCCCCCAGCAGCACUAUGAGUGGUGUGUGUAUGAUGCCUGUGGCUGUGACUCAGGAGGUGACUGUGAGUGUCUCUGUUCAGCUAUUGCUACCUAUGCAGAGGAAUGUGCCCGUCAUGGGCACCACAUGCAUUGGCGCAGCCAGGACCUCUGCCCUAUACAGUGUGAGGGGGGUCAGAUCUAUGAAGCCUGUGGUCCCGUCUGCCCUGCCACCUGCCAGAACCCUGGUCCUGAGCCUGCAUGGCAUUGCCAAGCUGUGCCCUGUGUGGAGGGAUGCUUCUGUCCUGAGGGCACUCUGCUUCAUGGUGGGGUCUGUUUGGAGUCAGCUGCCUGUCCCUGUGAGUGGAGAGGCAGCUUCUUUCCACUGGGAACCAUGCUGCAGAGGGAGUGUGGGAACUGCACAUGCCAAGCAGGAGAGUGGAACUGCGGGGAAGCAGGUUCCCAGUGUGGGGAGGUGGUGCUGGAGUGUGCAGAGGGUGAAGUCCCAUGCCAAGAGAGUGGGUACUGUGUGCCCUGGGAGUGGCUCUGUGAUAACCAGGAUGACUGUGGGGAUGGCUCUGAUGAGGAGGGCUGUGCCCCUCUGGGCUGCGGAGAGGGGCAGUUCUCCUGUGGUGAAGGCCGUUGUCUGCCCUUGUCACUGCGCUGCGAUGGACAAGAUGACUGUGGAGAUGGGGCAGAUGAGCAUGGAUGCCCAUGCCCCGUGGGGUUCCUGCCCUGUGCUGAUGGGCAAUGUCUGCCCCUGGCCCAACUUUGUGAUGGGCAUCCUGACUGCCCAGAUGGUGCCGAUGAGGAGUCCUGCCUGGGAUGGAUGAACUGUGGCCCUGGAGAGGUGCCCUGCUUGGAUGGAACCUGUGUUGGCACUUCUCAGCUGUGUGAUGGGGCCUGGGACUGUGUAGAUGGGGCAGAUGAGGGACCCAGGCACUGCCCCUCUCCUCUUCUACCUACUCCCCCUGCUGACACUCCAACUGGACCCUCCAUGAGCAACCUGGAGACUGGACCAACUUCUCUGAUCAGUGGCAGCAGUCCUGAACUGCCCUGUGGUCACUAUGAGUUCAGCUGUGGCAGUGGUGAGUGUGUACCUCGGGGUUGGCGCUGUGACCAUGAAGAGGAUUGUAAGGAUGGCACUGAUGAGUUGGACUGUGGGCAGCCCUGCCCCCCACAUCACAUGCCCUGCACCCUCAGCCUCCACUGUAUACCUUACCUGCAGCUUUGCGAUGGGACUGCCCAGUGCCCAGAUGGCUCUGAUGAAAGCUUGGAUGCUUGUGGCUCCACCCAGCUGCCCCCGUGUCCUGGGCUUUUCCCCUGUGGUUCAGCUCCCCGGCUUUGCUUGAGACUGACUCGACUCUGUGAUGGAAUCCCUGACUGCCCAGAGGGUGAAGAUGAACUGAACUGUGAGAGGCUGCCAUUCCCCACAACUCCUAACAAGACUGGGAUUCCUUGCCCUGAAUAUUCCUGCCCAGACGGCCGCUGUAUCAGCUUUCAACAGGUGUGUGACGGACAGCCUGAUUGUGAGGUGAGGGAUGGGCUGAGGUCAUCCUCUGAGGAGCGGGGCUGUGCCACGUGGGGACCCUGGGCCACAUGGGGGCUGUGCAGCCAGACUUGUGGGGCUGGGGUGCAGGCUCGGAGUCGUCAGUGCUUUCCCUCUAGUGUCCCUGUGCUUCAGCGCUGUCUAGGCCUGGAGCACCAAGCCCGUGCUUGCUUCACUGUUGCCUGCCCUGAGGAUGGCGUGUGGGGUGACUGGUCCCCCUGGUCUGAAUGCUUGGAGCCAUGUAGGGGGGUUGUGACUAGACAUCGGGUCUGCCACCCACCCCAAAAUGGUGGCCGGACCUGUGCCACAUUGCCUGGAGGCCCCCACAGCACCCUCCAAACCCAGGCAUGCCCACAGGAUGGCUGUGCCAAUGUCACCUCAUGUCCAGGAGAGCUGGUACCCAAGCCCUGUGCCCCUUGCCCUCUGACCUGUGCUGACAUCUCCAAUCAGGUGAAAUGCCUACCUGACCGGCCCUGUAGUCCAGGCUGUUGGUGCCCUGAAGGUCAGGUUCUGGGCCUUGAUGGAGAGUGUGUGCGACCCCGGCACUGCCCUUGCCUGGUGGAAGGCACCCGCUAUUGGCCAGGGCAGCGAGUGAAGAUCAAUUGCCGUCUCUGCACAUGUCAGGAUGGCCGACUACGUCGAUGCCAGCCUAACCCUGAUUGUGCUGUGAACUGUGGCUGGUCAUCUUGGUCACCAUGGGCUGAGUGUUUGGGCCCCUGUGGGAGCCAGAGCAUCCAGUGGUCCUUCCGAAGUCCAAGCAACCCUACCCAUGUGGGUCGUGGUCACCAGUGCCGAGGCAUCUACCGAAAGGCCCGAAGGUGUCAAACAGAGCCCUGUGAGGAAUGUGAGCACCAGGGGAGCACACACAGAGUUGGGGAGCGCUGGCGUUGGGGCAAAUGCCAGGUGUGCCAAUGUCUGCUCAACCACACAGUUCAGUGUUCUCCCUUCUGCUCUCUGGGAGCCUGCCCACAGGGUUGGAUACUGGUAGAGGGAAAGGCAGAAUCAUGUUGCCACUGUAUUCCUAUUGGAGAGAACAGGACAGCUGCCCCUAUGACCACUCUGUCGCUUCCUCCCAGUCUCCAACCAGAACCUGGUCUUCCUACCUACCCACUGCCUGUACCUGGAGACCCUUGCUACUCCCCUAUGGGAUUGUCAAGGCUCCCUUCUAGCAGUCUAAGGGCAUCAUCUGAACAUCCUGAACAUCCUGCCUGGGCUGGUCGUCUGGGGUCCUUGGUGUUGGGGCUGGAACCCCAAGGCUGGAGUCCCAGGGAAGAUGCCUAUGCUGAGCUACACAUCCAGCCUCCUUUCCUUCAGAUGGACUUGCUAAGACCGCGAAACCUCACUGGCAUCGUGGUCCAGGGUGCUGGCUCAUCUGAUGCCUACGUCACCAGCUUUUCACUCCAGUUUAGCAUUGAUGGGCAUCACUGGCAUGACUACCAUGAGGUUCUGCCAGGCAUUCUGCCUAUGCCCAAGCUGUUCCCAGGGAAUUGGGAUGACUCCACACCUGCAGUGAGGACAUUUGGCCGGGUGGUGCAAGCUCGGCAUGUCCGAGUACUACCCCAUGACUUUCACCGCAGCAUCUUCCUGAGGGUGGAGCUACUGGGCUGCGAUCCAGUGUCCACCCCAAUGGUGCCACCAUGUCUAGGAAAUGAAUUCCUUUGUGCCAAUGGUAUGUGUGUCCCACCGGAGGCCAUGUGCAAUGGUGUAGAAGACUGUGGAGAUAGCUCUGAUGAAGAGGACUGUGCUACCCUUCUUUCAAGUACUUCCAGGCCUAGAGACCAUACCACAUCAGCCUUUCCUGCCCACCUUAUGCAGCCAACUCCCUGGACCAAGGAGGUUCCACUGGAUACCGAAGCCUGGAAUCGUGGACAGGAGUCACCUAUCCCUACCAUAGGGACAGAACCGGGGCUCGGCCCCCUCCCAGGAGGCACGCUUCCAGCUUCUGAGUCUCCCUACCCGAGUACAAAGGAGCCGAUGCUUGAGUCCCUCACCUCCUCAUCAGCCCGGGCACAGAGUCUUCAGCCUCAAAUUGCUGCGGUGACGGUGCUCACCCCGCAUACUCUGCCCACCAUGGGUUCCAGCACUCCCCAGUGGUCACCCUUCCCCCGAGUGCUGUGCAGCCCAGACCAGGUUCCCUGUGAGUUCCUAGGUUGUGUGGACCCCACACAGGUGUGUGACGGGCAAGAGGACUGUCUUGAUGGCUCUGAUGAAUUGCACUGUGUGAGAUCCUCACCUUUUGUGGUGCCCACGGCCAUGCAGCCCACCUUGCCAGCCGUGGGGGCUGUCUGUUCCCCAAAGCAGUUGAGCUGCCGCAGUGGCGAGUGUCUCCCUGCUGACCGUCGCUGUGACCUGCACCCAGACUGCCAGGAUGGCUCUGAUGAAGACGACUGUGUGGACUGCAUGUUGGCGCCCUGGUCUGGCUGGAGCAGCUGUAGCAGAAGCUGUGGGUUGGGGGUGACUUUCCAGAGGAGGGCCCUGCUUCGUGCCCCGCUGCCUGGCGGUAGCUGUCCUCAAGAAGAUUUCCAGAGUCGCUCCUGUUUCUUGCAGGCCUGCCCAGUACCUGGUGCUUGGACUUCAUGGGGCCUCUGGGGACCCUGCAGUGCAUCCUGCGGGGGAGGCCAACAGAGACGCUGGCGUAGCUGCAUGGAUCCCCCACCCAAGAAUGGUGGUGCCUCUUGCCCUGGAGCACCGGAAGAGAGCCUACCCUGUGGCCUGCAGCCCUGCAGUGGUGGUACAGAUUGUGGCCCAGACCUUGUGUAUGUGAGCACUGAGCAGUGCCAGCAGGGCCUGGUGCCCCAGUGCCCACCCUCCUGCCAGGAUCCUGAAGCCAAGAGGAACUGCAGCGCACACUGUAUGGAGGGUUGCCGAUGCCCCCCCGGACUCCUUCUCCAUGAUGCCCAGUGCCUGACACUUUCCCAGUGCCCCUGUCUAGUGGGCACAGAGAUCAAGCCUCCCAGAGAGUCCUUUCUUCUGGACAACUGCAGCCAAUGUGUGUGUGAAGAUGGAACUCUUCAUUGUGAAGCAGGGGACUGUCCUGUGCCCUGUGGCUGGUCAGCAUGGUCCUCUUGGGGCCCCUGUGACCACUCCUGUGGCCCUGGAACCCAGGCCAGGUUCAGGUCUCCUUCCAAUCCAGCGGCAGCUUCUGGAGGUGCCCCUUGUGAGGGAAACGGGCAGGAAGUUCAGGCCUGUCACACAGAAUGUGGUGCUGAGCUUCUGGGCUGGACUCCCUGGACACCCUGGUCCCCUUGCUCCCAAAGCUGCUCUGCCCUGGGAGGACCCCCCAUCUGGCGACACCGUUCUCGCCUCUGCCCCAGGUCUGAGGGGGUGGUUUGCUCUGGGGAGUCCUCACAAGAAGAGCUCUGCAGGCUUCCUGCAUGUCCAGUGUCUAGUAUUUGGACACCUUGGGCACCAUGGUCCUCCUGCUCAGCUGACUGUGAUGGGGGCAUUCAAACCCGUGGGCGCAGGUGCUCUGGCUCAGUUUCUGGGAGUACUGAGUGCCAGGGGCCUCAUAGCCAGACCCGAGACUGCCACACCCACCCCUGCUCAGCCCAUUGUCCGGAGGGCAUGGUAUUCCACUCCAAGGAGCAAUGUCAGCAGGAGGGAGGGCCAUGCCCACGGCUGUGCUUGGCACAGGAUCCAGGUGUAGAAUGCAUGGGCACCUGUGACCCUGGCUGUACCUGCCCUCCUGGCUUCUUCCUGCACAACACCAGCUGUAUGCCCCUUAACCAGUGCCCCUGCCAGCUUCAUGGGCAACUCUAUCCACCUGGGGCUAUGGCCCGCCUGGACUCCUGCAACAAUUGCACAUGCAUCUCUGGAGAGAUGGAGUGCAGCUCUGAGUCUUGCCCAGUGGCUUGUGGAUGGAGCCCCUGGACCGCAUGGAGUCCUUGUAGCCGAAGUUGUAAUGUGGGCAUACGACGACGUUUCCGGGCAGGCACAGCACCCCCUGCUGCCUUUGGAGGUGCUGAGUGCGAGGGUCCCAGUGUAGAGGUUGAAUUCUGCAGCCUGCAGCCAUGUCGUGGCCCUGGUAUGGAAUGGGGUCCAUGGUCUCCCUGCUCUGUACCCUGUGGUGGGGGCUACAGGAAUCGGACCAGAGGCAACACCCCCCAUAGCCCGAUUGACUUCUCCACCUGUGGUCUGCAGCCUUGUACUGGACCAGUACCUGGAGUAUGUCCACAGGGGAAGCAAUGGCAUGAUUGUGCUGAGGGCCCAGCUACCUGUGCAGAGCUCAGUGCCCAGGAAAAUACCAAUGGAACCUGCCACCCUGGCUGCUAUUGUCCCCUUGGGGCCCUCUUGCUGAACAACAUAUGUGUGCCUCGCCAGGAUUGCCCUUGCACCUAUGGUGGGCAUCUUUACCCCGCUGGCAGCAUUGUCCUCCAGCCCUGUGAGAAUUGCUCCUGUGUCUCUGGGCUCAUCACCAACUGUACCUCCCGGCCAUGUGAAGAAGAUCAGGCCAUGUGGUCACCGUGGACCCCCUGGAGUGAGUGCUCAGCCUCUUGUGGUCCUGCCCGCCGUCACAGGCAUCGUUUCUGCCCCAGGUCUCCCCACCUGAAAUCCUCCAAUGUCAUGCUUCUUAUCUCAAUAACUUCCCUCCCCUUUCUUUGCCAUGGGCCAGAGGCUGAAGAGGAGCCCUGCGUCUUGUCCCCCUGUGACCGUUCAGGAGGCUGGGGCCCAUGGGGCCCAUGGUCAGCCUGCAGUAGGACCUGUGGGGGAGGCCUUCGGAGCCGGACACGGCUCUGUGACCAACCUCUGCCUCAGGGUCUGGGUGACUACUGUGAGGGGCCUCGUGCUCAGGGGGAGGCCUGCCAGGCACUGCCGUGUCCAGGGUCCAACUGCAGUGCUAUCCCUGGUGCUGAAUUCAGUCACUGUGGCCCACCUUGCCCCAGGUCCUGUGAUGACCUUGCGCACUGUGUGUGGCACUGUCACCCGGGCUGUUACUGCCCUCGGGGCCAGGUGCUGAGCAUGGAUGGGACUGCCUGCGUGGAUCCAAGCUACUGUGGCUGCCUUGACCUGCUGACAGGGAAGCGGCAUCAACUGGGCUCCACAUUGACGCGACCCGAUGGCUGCAAUGAGUGCACCUGCAUGGAAGGGAGGCUGAAUUGUACUAACCUGCCUUGUCCCGUACCUGGGGGCUGGUGUUCUUGGUCUGAGUGGACACCAUGCACCUUGCCCUGUGGGGGUGAGAAUCGUGCCCGAUCCCGGACCUGUGCCUGUCCUUCCCCUCAGCAUGGAGGGGCUUCGUGCCCAGGGGAGGUUGGUGAAACCGGUGCACAACUUCAGCGGGAGCCCUGUCCCAGACCUACUGUGUGUCCAGUGGAUGGUGGCUGGAGCCUGUGGGGACCAUGGUCUCCUUGUGAUGCUUGCACUGGGGAAUCAUCCCGGAGGAGGGAGUGUACCCAUCCAUCUGCAGAGAUAGGGGGUCGGCCUUGUCCUGGGAGGCACCGGGAGAGCCAGGCCUGCCAGGACAACUCUACAUAUUGCACAGACUGUGGGGGUGGUCAGGGACUUCUCCCUUGUGGGAAGCCCUGCCCCCGAUCUUGCCAGGACCUGUCCCCGGGGAAUGUGUGCCAUUCUGACCCGUCUGAUUGCCAGCCCUCUUGUGGAUGUCCACUUGGCCAGCUCUUCCAAGAUGGGCUCUGUGUGCCUCAUGCUCAUUGCCGCUGCCAAUACCAGCCCGGAGCCAUGGGAAUCCCUGAGAACAGAAGUCGUUCAGUGGGGUCCCAGGACAGCUCUUGGGAGAGUCUGGAGCCUGGAGAGACUCUGAUGGGUCCUUGUGACAAUUGUACCUGUGUGGAGGGCACACUGCAGUGCCAGGAAGUGCCCAGCUGUCCAGGUCCUGGGGGGUGGACACUGUGGGGCCCAUGGGAAGCUUGUAGCAUGUCCUGUGGAGGUGGAGAGCAGCUACGCUCCCGGGACUGUGCCCGCCCCCCAUGCCUGGGUCCUGCCCGCCAGAGCCAGACUUGCCAUACUCAGGUCUGCAGAGAAGUAGGCUGUCCGGCCGGAAGGCUGUUCCGGGAAUGUGAGAUAGAUGAAGGCUGCCCCUUCUCUUGUGCCCACAUCACCCAGCAGGUGGACUGUUUCUCUGAUGGCUGUGAAGAGGGCUGUCACUGCCCACCAGGAACCUUUCAACAUGGCCCCACUUGCAUACAGGAAUGCCCAUGUGUCCUGACUGUAUCCCUACUACAAGAGUUGGAAGCUCAUAGCCCAGAAUCCGGGGCACCUCUGCCCGCCUUGGGGGAUUCUGGGCAGCUCCUGGGGCCUGGGGAUGAGCUAGAUCCUGGCCAGAUCCUCACAAUGGGUUGCAGUAAUUGUUCUUGUGCCCACGGGCAGCUCACCUGCUCCCUCAUGCACUGCCCUGUGACUGGGGGCUUUACUCCCUGGAAUCAGUGGGGGCCCUGCUCCCGCUCCUGUGGGGGAAUGGGCACCCGCACCCGCACUCGGAAGUGUGCCCAUCCUAAACCUGCCCAUGGUGGCCAGGAUUGUCAAGGACCCCGCCAAGACCUUGAAUACUGUCUCAGCCCUGACUGUCCUGCUAUCUCUCUGUCAUUAUCUGGGCUGAUGUUCUGUCUCCCCACAGAAGCUGAAGGAUCCACAGUAAUGCCAGGGACAGCCCUCCCAGGCGGCUGGGGCACAUGGUCCCCCUGGUCCCCCUGCUCUCAAAGCUGCACAGAUCCGGCUCAUCCAGCCCUUCGUGGCCGGAGCCGCCACUGCCUGGCCAACUGCACCAGUGGGGAAUCCAUCCAGGAGCGGCCUUGCAACUUGCCCCUGUGUACAGGUAAGCCUCCCUCCCCAGCCAUACCUCCGUGCCCUGGCCCAGGCUGCAUUGGGGGGAACUGCUCCUGGACACAGUGGGCUCCUUGGGCCCCCUGCUCCCGGAGCUGUGGUGUGGGCCAGCAACGUCGCCUGCGGGCAUAUUACCCCCCUGGGCCUGGUGGGCAUUGGUGCCCUGACAUUCUUACUGCCUACCAGGAGCGCCGAUUCUGCAACCUGCGGGCAUGUCCAGUGACUGGAGGCUGGUCCCAUUGGAGCCCCUGGUCCUGGUGUGACCGGAGCUGCGGAGGAGGUCGCUCACUGAAAAGCCGGAGCUGCACCCGCCCCCCACCCAAGAAUGGGGGUGCCCCCUGUUCUGGGGAGCAGCAUCGUGUCCGGCUUUGUAACCCUGAACCUUGCGAGAAAGGCUGCCCUCCAGGCAUGAAAGUCACAGACUGCGCCAACCGAUGCCCACGCCACUGUUCAGACCUCCAGGAAGGCAUUGUGUGUCAGGAUAGCCAGGCCUGCAUACCAGGCUGCCGCUGCCUGGAGGGGUUCCUGGAGCAAGAUGGGGGGUGUGUGCCAGUUGGGCACUGUGAGUGCACUGAUGCUCAUGGGUACAGCUGGGCGCCGGGGAGCCAGCACCAGGAUGAUUGCAAUAACUGCACAUGCCAGUCGGGGCAGCUGUCCUGCAGUACCCAGCUCUGCCCGCCACCUGCCUACUGCGCCUGGAGCCGCUGGUCAGCUUGGUCAGCAUGCAGUCGCUCCUGUGGCCAAGGAGGGCAGCAAAACCGCUUCCGGUCAUCCACAUCUGGUUCAUGGGCCCCUGAAUGCCGGGAGGAGCAGUCACAGAGUAAGCCCUGCCCCCAGCCCCUGUGCCCACCUCUGUGCCCACAUGGCAGCCACCUCAAGGCACUUGGGGACAGUUGGCUACAAGGAGAGUGUCAGCAGUGCUCCUGCACUCCAGAGGGCAUUAUUUGCCAGGACAUCGAAUGUGCAGUGCCUGGGACUUGGACACCGUGGUCCCCCUGGUCAGAUUGUCCAGUUUCCUGUGGGGGUGCAAACCAGGUUCGAACCAGAGCCUGCAUUGCCCCAUCCCCACAACAUGGGGGGCUGCCCUGCCCAGGCCCAGAUACUCAAGCCCAGCCUUGUGGGCAGCGACUUUGCCCAGGGCUGCCUGUGUCCUGCUCCUGGGAGCCAUGGGGACCUUGUUCCCGAAGCUGUGGCCCUGGCCUUGCCUCCCGAUCUGGCUCCUGUCCCUGCUCCCCAAAUGGCAUUGGUCCCUCCUGCAAUGGCACCAUAUCCCACCUGGACACCCGUGCCUGUUAUUCUGGACCUUGCCCGGAGGAGUGUGUGUGGACCAGCUGGAGCAGCUGGACGAUCUGCUCAUGCCAGGUGCUGGUCCAGCAGCGAUACAGGCACCAGGGUCCACGCUCCAGGGGGACCAGUCAGGAGACCCCCUGCACCCGCCUAGAUGGCCACUUCCGGCCCUGCCACCCCAGAAAUUGUUCUGAGGAGAGCUGUGAGCCGCCAUUCGAGUUCCAGGCCUGUGGCUCCCCUUGUGCUGGGCUCUGUACCACCCAUCAACAUUCUGGUCUUUGCCAAGACCUAGCUCCCUGUCAGCCUGGCUGCUACUGCCCCAAGGGGCUACUAGAGCAGGCAGGGGGCUGUGUGCCUCCUGAGCAGUGUAACUGUCUCUUGGGCCCCAGCAAUGGAGUAGGGGAGCCCCAGACUCUGGCUCCUGGAGAACACCUGCACCUGGGCUGUAAGGAGUGUGUCUGCCAGGAUGGGCAAUUGCAGUGUUCCAGUCAUAACUGCCAAGGUCUUCUACCCCUGAGUGGGUGGUCAGAGUGGUCACCCUGUGGACCUUGUUUGCCACUUGCUGCUCUGGCUCCCACCUCGCUGAGUGCCCUGUGGGAGCACGGACCCCAGGAUGGACCUUCUCCUAUGCCUGCUGAUUACCCCCUACUGGCCUCAGAGCAGCAUCGGCACCGCCUGUGCCUGGAUCCUGAGACAGGAAAGCCUUGGGCUGGGGACUCCCAGUUCUGUACAGCCCUUCUGAGCCAGCAGCGCCUCUGCCCUGACCCUGAAGUCUGCCAAGAUCCUUGCCAAUGGGAAACCUGGGGCUCUUGGAGUCCAUGUCAAGUAUCUUGUAGUGGAGGAUUCCGGCUACGUUGGCGGAAGGCCAGGGGUCUUGCUGGAGAAAGAUGCCAGGAACCCUGGGCUCAGACAGAAAGUUGCAAUACCGAUCCAUGCCCAGGGGAGAGUUGUGAGGCCCGAAGUAUGGUGUCAACAGCUGAUUGUGCCAAUCAAUGUCCCCGAAGCUGUAUGGACCUUUGGAACAGAGUGCAGUGUCUUCAAGGACCCUGCAGCCCAGGCUGCCGUUGUCCCCCUGGCCAACUGCUUCAGGAUGGGCAUUGUGUACCUGUGUCUUCUUGCCCCUGUGGCUUUCUCAGCUCCAAUGCCACUUGGGAGCUGGCCCCAGCUGGAGAGCUGCAGUUGGAUUGCCAUAACUGUACCUGUGUCAAUGGGUCCUUGGUAUGCAUGCCCUAUGAGUGCCUGGCCUUUGGGCCCUGGUCACACUGGAGCGAUUGCUCAGCCUCCUGUGGCGGGGGUACCAGGGAGCGGCACCAGAGCUGUGAGGAGAGUCUCCAGGAGUUCCCAUGCCCACUUCAGGACAUGAAGCAAAUAGAAGAAUGCAAUUUUGAGCCCUGCACAACUUUAUGCCACGUAGGUGAGUGGUCAGAGUGGAGCGAUUGCAGUGCCAGCUGUGGGGGAGGUGUGACAGAAAGGAAGAGAGAUCCACCUCUGGGGACAUUGUGCCCCCUGCUCUCACCCCUGCGGCUCCAUGGGACAUGCAACCCUCAGCCCUGCAGCCAAGAGUGCCCUCCUGGUCAGAGACCCACCUCCUGUGCCACAUCAUGCCCAGGCCGAUGCUCAGACCUACAGCCUGGCACCUUCUGUGUGCAGUUGCCUUGCCAGCCUGGCUGCAGUUGUCCUGAUGGUCAGCUGCUGCAGACAGGCAGAUGUGUCCCCCUGGCUGAGUGCCCCUGUACCCAGCUUUCGCUGCCUUGGGCCCUCUUCUUGACCCCAGAGGAGCAGGCGCAAGAGCUGCCUCCUGGGACCACACUUGUCCGGAACUGUACCCACUGCCUCUGCCAGGAAGGAGCCUUCAAUUGUUCCAGCAGUGACUGUCAGGCAGAGUGCCCGCCUGGAGAGAGGUGGCAGCAGGUGGUGCCAGGGGAACCAGGCCCGUGUGAGAAGACCUGUCAGGAGGUCUAUGCUGAGGAGCUGCUUCAGAGCAACUGCAGCAUGGGGCAGACUGAGGGCUGUGUAUGCCAGAGUGGGCAUUACCGCAGCCAGGCAGGCACCUGUGUUACGGCUGCUCACUGCGAGUGCUGGCACCAUGGGAAGGAUCUCAUUCCGUAAUUAUCCCCUUCCUUUCAGCCUGGGGCUGAAUGGCAGGAAGACUGUGAGUGGUGCAGAUGCAUCGAUGGGAGGAGCUUUUGUGCCCGGAAUUGUCCCCCCAUCAUCUGUGCUCAGGGUGAGAUAAAAGUACAGAAGCCAGACAGUUGCUGCCCUGUCUGUCAGCAGAAGGCACCAGAGGAGCCAUCAAUCUCCUGCAAGCACCUCACCGAGCUUCGAAAUAUCACCAAGGGCUCCUGCCACCUGCACCAGGUGGAGGUGAGCUACUGUAGUGGACACUGCCCUUCCAGCACCAACGUCAUUCCUGAGGAGCCAUAUCUGCAGAGCGUGUGUGACUGCUGUAGCUAUCUCCUGGACCCUGUCAAUCCGGUCCGCAUCCUGAGUCUGCGUUGCCCUGGGGGUGACACAGAGCCUGUUGUACUGCCGGUCAUACAUAGCUGCCAGUGCAGUGCCUGCCAAGGAGGGGAUUUAUCAAAGCGCUGAAGGGAUUGGACUCAUUGGCAACAUACUUAGUUCAAUCGAUAUGAC